GCAAAAUUCAUUGAUGGAACAAUUAAAAGAAAACAAACGAAUUAUUAACAGAAACAACGAUUUAACAGAAUAUUUAUUAAAAUCCAACAUCGAAAAUGAGGAAAUAAAAAAAGAAUAUCAAAAUAAUUUGGAAGAAAUUAAAAAUAAAAAUUUGGAAAUAAUUGAAGAAAAUAACCGUCUUUCAAUUAAAGUUGAUUUUUUGAGGACAAAAAUGGAAAAAUUGGAAAAAGAAAAUGAAAUUAGAUUAAAAGAAGUGAAAAAAUUGAGAAAAGAAAAUGGGGAAAUGAAUGAGGGGAAUGAGGGAUUAAUUAAAGAAAAAUUAAAUUUAGAGGAAAAAUUGAAGGGUUUAAAGGGGGAAAAUGAAAAAUUGAGAGGGGAAAAUGAAGGAAAUUUAAAAGAAAAAAAUAAAUUGGAAAAAGUUGUGCUAAAUUUAGCUGAAGAAAAGAUGGAUUUGAUUGAAGGGAAUGGGGUUAAAAUGGAAGAAAUGAAGAGGGAGAAUGAAGGGAAGUUGGGGAGAAUGAGAGAAGAAAUUCAAAAAUUAAUUAAAGAAAAUGUGAGGUUUUUGAAGGAGAGGGAGAAUUUUAAAGUUGAAAUUGCCAAAAUUAAAGAAGAGAAUAAUUUGAAUAAAGAAAGAUUAAAUACAUAUGAAAAAAGUUUCAUUGACAACUACACUAAAUUGUCUAGAGAAUUGGAAAAUUCAAUUACUGAUUUAGCAAAUUGUAAGAAAGAAGUUUUGGAUUUAAAAUUUGUGCGUUACGUAUCACAGAAAAACCGAAUUAACGAAAUUAGCGAGAAAUUAACUUGUUGUGAAAAUAAAUGUAUUAAUUCAACAAUUUCUAAUGGCACCUGCAAAGCUAAAAAAGGAUUUAUUAGAAUUUGUGAGGGAAUUUUAGUUAAAUAUUAUUUGGCUAAAGAAAAUGUUAAUAAUAAAAUUAUUUGUUUUUAUGCCCAACAUCCAUUUACAAAAGCUUGGGGUUAUUGUUGUAAUUAUUCUUUAUUUUAUUUUGAAGUUACUAUGAUAGAAGAAGCAAAGGAGCGAACUAGUUAUGUUGGAAUUGGUUUUUAUAAUAUUCCUACAAAAUUAUCCAUAAUUAACAAUUCAAAUAAUUUUUGGAAUGAUCAAAAUAACGAAGUAACCUUUCAUAAAUCCUCUUGGAAGGAUAAAGAUGUUUUUGGUUGUGGGGUUGUUUUUCCCUCUUGGAAAGAUAAAACAGGAUUGCCUUAUAUAUUUUUUACUAAAAAUGGGAGUAGAAUUGGUGAGGGUUUUUUAUUUAAUCUGAGGGAAUAAUUGUAAAUUACAUACUUAAAUUUGUAGACUUGUUUUGGAAUUACCUCAAGGGUUUCUGUUAUGUAACUAACUUUGUGAUGGAGC